GGUGGUGGUGCCAGCUCAGCCCAAUCCAUACGCCGAGCAGAUUGGGGCGCUGCAAGACCAGGUAGUGCAGCUGCAGAAGCAGCUGCUCAUUCCACAGCCGCCAGCCAUCAAACAACAGCUGCAGCAGCAGAUUCUCAUGUUGCAACAGCAGCAGCAGCUAUUCCAGGCUCAAAAGCCGCCGCAGCAGGUCCAGCCACAGCAGCUGCAAGCGCAGCCGCAAGCGCAGCCGCAAGCGCAGCCGCAGCCGAUGACGCAGACUGGGCAGCCCAUGCAGGAGGUGGCGAAGCCCCAGUCACUGCUGGAGAUGCAGCAGAAGCACCAGGUCGAGAGGAAUCAGCUGAUGCAGCAGAUGCAAUUGCAGAACUUGCCCAUCAACCAGCAGCAGGAGAUGAUGGAUCGGCUGCAGCAGCAGCAAACCCAGCUGGAGCAGCAGCUUGUCCAGAGCGCCGCAGUGCCUGUGGCAACUCCAACAGGAGGAAUUGGCAUUCCCAAGCAGCCGCAGACCGUGCCUCCGCGCCACCCACCAAAGGCGGCCCCGGCUCCAGUGGCGCAACCGGCGAUGGCUGCGCAACCAGCAUCUGCAGCGCAGCCGGCAACGGUGGGCCAGCCGGUUACACCUCAGCCGCAGACUGCAGCUACGGCAGCUACGACACCUGCAGCUGAGGCUUCUGCCCCGGCUCCUGGAGGAGCCGCAGCAGACGAGCUCACGAAAGCGCUGCUUUCUGCCUUGCCAACUCCAGAGGAAAAGCCUCAG